ACCAUGGAGCUUGGCAAGUUCGGUUCUCUUCCAUGCGACGUUCUAUAGCAAAAGCAUGGUGCUUGUUCUCUUGUAUGCGCCGUGUGUUAUUCUCCUCGUCUCUUCCCUGUACCUCCUCCGUCUCUUCGUCGACGCCCGCCGCAACCUGCCGCCGGGUCCCCGCCCGCUGCCGCUCAUCGGCAACAUCUUCGACCUCGGCGCCCAGCCGCAUCGCUCGCUUGCGCGCCUCGCAGAGAGCCAUGGCCCGCUCAUGACGCUCCGCCUCGGCACCGUCACCACCGUCGUCGCCUCCUCCCCGGACACUGCGCGCGACAUCCUCCAGCGCCAUGAAGCCGCCUUCUCCUUGCGCUCCGUGCCGGACGCCGCCCGCGCGCACGGGCACAACAUGUUCUCCAUGGGCAUGCUCCCGCCCAGCAGCCCCCUUUGGCGCACGCUUCGCAGGGUGUGCGCCGCGGAGCUCUUCGCGCCGCGCAGCCUCGACGCGCGCCAGUCGCUCCGCCGAGACAAGGUGCGCCAACUCGUUAACCACGUCACGCGGCUGGCGCGCGACGGCGCAGCCGUGGACGUCGGCCGCGCCGUGUUCACUACUUCCUUGAACCUACUCUCAAGCACCAUAUUCUCCGCCGACCUCGCGGAUCUCGACGACGGCCGGGGCGGUUCUCCGGCGGGGGAGUUCAGGGACAUUAUCUCGGAGUUCACGAUCAUCAUCGGGGUGCCGAACGUGUCGGACUUCUUCCCGAUCAUCGCGCCGCUCGACCUGCAGCGGCUGCGGAGACGGGUGGCUCGGGUGUUCACGCGGCUGCAUGCCGUGUUCGACGAGCAUAUCGAACGACGCCUGCAGGAGCGCGCUGCGGGCGAGCUGCCAAAGAAUGAUUUCCUCGACGUUUUGCUCGACUACCGCAGCCCGGAGGAUGGCCGGGGGUUUGAUCGGCCAACGCUUCAGUUUCUGAUUACGGAUUUGUUUAGCGCGGGAAGUAAUACAACCGCAGUAAACGUAGAAUGGGCAAUGGCUGAGUUGCUACAAAAUCCAACAUCAAUGGCGAAAGCUCGUGAGGAGCUUGCUCGAGUGAUUGGCUCCAAACCAGAAAUUGAGGAAUCCGACAUUAGCAAGCUCAAGUACCUCGAGGCCGUCGUGAAGGAGACAUUACGGCUUCAUCCUCCAGCACCGUUUCUGCUUCCUCACCAAGCUGAAGACACUACAGAGGUUGGUGGCUACACGGUGCCCAAGGGCACCCGUGUUCUGGUGAAUGCUUGGGCGAUUGGCCGAGACAGCAAGGUGUGGUCUGAGCCUGACAAGUUCAUGCCGGAGAGGUUCCUGCAGAGGGAGGUGGACCUCCGUGGCCGUGACUUCGAACUGAUUCCAUUUGGCUCUGGUCGAAGGAUCUGCCCGGGGCUGCCGCUGGCUGUACGCAUGGUGCACCUGAUGCUCGCGUCGUUGCUGCACCGGUUUGAGUGGAGGCUUCUACCGGAGGUGGAGAAGAACGGGGUGGACAUGGCGGAGAAGUUUGGGAUGAUACUGGAGCGGGCCUCGCCCCUACAGGCUAUUGCUAUACCGGUUCAAUAAGUUGAUCGGCAUCGUAUACUAGAAUAUCUUUGGAAAUGAAACCCUUGGUAAAAGAAAAAGGAAUCAUGUACAAUCUGAUGUUUAUGUCUGAAAGAAUGAGAUAAAACCAGAGUUAUGAGAGUCUAUAUGGUAAUAAUAUACCAGUACUAGUAAUUGUUAGCAACUACUAUCAGACCGAGAGAGUCAGAGUUAUAUAUGGAUGGCACUCGCUCAGUUGUAUCUAGAGUUUUACUCUCGUCCUUUCUUUUUUUACUGUGAGAUACUAAUAACUUGAGGUACUAAUAUCUUUAUUACUCGUGCUAUCUACCCAGUGGUGGAUAACGAGCCAGCUCGGCUCGGCUCGGCUCGGUCUGGCUCGUU